GUCCUGUUCUUUCUUUUUGUUUUUGCAGUCAAUAAAUAUCCCGCUCCGUCUCUGCACUUCCCAUAAUUAAUAGAUUCCGGACGGCGGCGCGGUGGCGGUGGUGGUGCAGGUAUAUUCACACGUAUAUUACGAUGGCUACACUCCAGGAGAUCCGAUGGGCUCAGCGGACGGAGGGUCGGGCGGCUGUGCUGGCCAUCGGCACGGCCACUCCGGCCAACGUCGUCUACCAAGCUGAUUACCCUGAUCAGUACUUCCGCAUGACCAAGAGCGAGCAUCUCACUGAGCUCAAGGAGAAGUUUAAGAGGAUUUGCGAAAAGACGAUGAUACGGAAGCGAUACACGCAUCUGACGGAGGAGAUGCUGUUGGAGAACCCGAAUAUGUGCGCGUACAUGGAGCCCUCGUUGGACGAGCGGCAGGACAUAGUAGCGGUGGAGGUGCCCAAGCUGGGGAAGGAGGCCGCAGCGAAGGCCAUCGAAGAAUGGGGGCAGCCCAAAUUCAAGAUCACACACCUCGUCUUCUGCACCACCUCCGGCGUAGACAUGCCGGGCGCCGACUACCAGAUCACCAAGCUCCUCGGCCUCUGCCCCUCGGUAAACCGCUUCAUGUUGUACCAGCAGGGCUGCUUCGCUGGCGGCACCGCGCUCCGCCUGGCCAAGGACCUGGCGGAGAACAACCGCGGCGCGCGCGUGCUGGUAGUGUGCUCCGAGAUCACGGCGGUGGCGUUCCGCGGGCCGUCAGAGUCGCACCAGGAAAGCCUGGUGGCGCAGGCCUUGUUCGGGGACGGAGCAGGGGCGGUGAUCGUGGGGGCGGACCCGAACCCGGAAACAGAGCGGCCUCUGUUCGAGCUGGUGUCAGCGAGCCAGACGAUCCUGCCGGACUCGGAGGGCGCCGUCUACGGGCGCCUGGGGGAGGCGGGGUUCAUGGUCCACCUGGUCAAGGACGUGCCGGCGCUCAUCUCCAAGAACAUCGAGAAGAGCCUGGUGGAGGCGUUCGCACCGCUGGGGAUCGACGACUGGAACACCAUCUUCUGGAUUGUCCACCCGGGGGGUUCUGCCAUCCUGGACCAGGUCGAGGCCAAACUGGCACUGGGGAAGGAGAAAAUGGCGGCGUCGCGGCAGGUGCUCAGCGAGUACGGCAACAUGUCCAGCCCCUCCGUUCUGUUCAUUCUGGACGAGAUGCGGCGCAGGUCAGCGGAGGAUGGGAAGGCCACCACCGGCGACGGCUUCCACUGGGGUGUCCUCUUCGGCUUUGGCCCUGGAUUCACCGUCGAGACCGUCGUCUUGCACAGCAUGCCAAUCAAUUAUUAAUUACCGUCGGCUUAUUGUCUAUUUUGUGUGUUUUGUCUAAUGUACCAGUGAUACUGCAUGCAAUCUCUAAUCAUAAAUAAAAGAUCAUAAAUAAAAGAUGUAAUUCUAUUCA